AGGUAGACGGAGGCUGGAGGAUCAAAAGUUCAAGGUCCUCAGCUACAGAGCGGUUUCACACCCUAGACACGUGACCACCCGUCAACGUAGUAAGUGAAGAAAUACACAACGUAAAGACGUUUACCGAGAGCAAGAUGGCGGCGCCCAUGGAAGUGGUGGUGUGUACUGACGCUGCGGCGCAGCUCUGGAACUGCGUGGUGUGGGAGCUUCAUUCGGGCGCCAACCUGCUCACCUACCGAGGCGGCCAAGUGGGGCUGCGAGGCCUGGCGCUACUCAAUGGCGAGUACCUGCUGGCGGCGCAGCAGGGCCAGAACUACAUCUGCGCCUGGGAGCUGCAGCGUAAGGAUCAGCUCCAACAGAAAAUCAUGUGUCCUGGGCCUGUCACCUGUCUGACCACAGCACCUAAUGGCUUGUAUGUCCUGGCAGGAAUUGCAGAGAGCAUCUACCUGUGGGAGGUUGGCACCGGGAACCUCCUGGUCAUCCUCAGCCGGCACUACCAGGACGUGUCCUGCCUGAAGUUUACAGGGGAUGGCAGCCAUUUUGUCUCCGCGGGCAAGGACUGCCUGGCGCUGGCCUGGAGCCUCUGCAGUGUGCUACAGGCAGACCCGUCCAGGAUCCUGGCCCCAAGACAUGUCUGGUCCCAGCACACGCUCCCGAUCACAGACCUGCACUGCGGCUUCGGAGGCCCCAUGGCCCGGGUGGCCACCGCUUCAUUGGACCAGACCGUGAAGCUCUGGGCCAUCGCCUCGGGGGACCUGCUGCUGUCUGUCUUGUUUGACAUGGGCAUCACGUCUGUGACCAUGGACCUGGCCGAGCACCACCUAUUCUGCGGAGGCAGCGAUGGCUCCAUCUUCCAGGUGGACCUGUGCAGCUGGCCCGGACUGAGGGAGUAUAGCUUCCAGCCUGAGCAGAACACAGGGAAGGUCUUCAAAGGACACAGGAACCAAGUGACAUGCCUGUCGGUGUCAACAGACAGCAGUGUUCUGCUCUCCGGCUCCCACGAUGAAUCAGUGCGGCUGUGGGACGUGAAGAGCAAGCAGUGCUUGCGCACAGUCACCCUCAAAGGCCCAGUGACCAAUGCAGCCAUCAUUCUGGCCCCACCCAGCAUGCUGAACCCUGAAUUCAGGCCCAGCCUGCCCCUGCCCCACUUCAACAAGCACCUGCUGGGGGCUGAGCAUGGAGAUGAAGUCCAGGGUGGGGGCCUGCGUCUGCAGCUAGGACUCCACCUGCAGGGCAAAGAGCCUAGCUACCUGGAGCGUCUGGAGCAGCUGCAGGCAGUGUUGUCCAGCCAUCUGGAGAAGAACAAGCUAGGCAGCCAGAUGAUGCCAGCAUCUGUGUUUGAUCUGGAGGAGGAGAAUUUGGAAUCCAGAGGAAACACUGAGGGCACAGGUCACCUGUAAUGACCAAUAAGGAGAUCCCAGGGCUCCUUCAGAAUCCAGUUCUACCUGCUCUACGAACACACUACACAGCUGUGCCGAUGUAGCUGUGCCUGUUACAUAUAUUCUGUCAGUAAGGAGUUGGGUAUCCAUUCUAAGUUGAUAGUUAAAUAAAUGGGGAGAAGCCUGAGACAUACCACCAUAAAUAAUAACUAACUGUACAACCAGACUUCCAGAAAAGCCGGAGGAAAAGCAGGUUCCGUUAGGCUGAUCACUCUGCGUUCUGGUGCAGUAAUGGGCAGUGGCACCUCCCAAGCCUACUGCAAGACGAGCUCCCUGUCUGUCAAUCAAAUAAGGCCCAAGUGAUGGCACAAGUUUGUAAGCCUAGGACUUGGGAGAUAAAGUCAGGUGUAUUUCUGU